AUGACUUUAACCUCCAGCUUGCUACAUUUGACCAAUUUCCGCAACCCAUUCCUGAAGACGCUCCUUCCUUCUGUAGGCGCUGCUUUUGCGAUUCAAGCAGCUGUAGCUGUACCGUCAAUUCUCACACAAUCAGAACGAUUUUAUGAUUUAUCUGGAUCGUUGACUUACAUCUCAGUUACCGCUUUAAGUCUUUAUCUACCAGCCCUUCGAGCUCGCGCCGCUGCCUCUUUGGCUGGAAAAGCAAAACCCGCAUUCCCCAGUCUGAUUGAUGCUUUCACGGGCAAGGGAGGUCAGAAUGGGCUUAAUUGGAGACAAGUAGUCAUAUCUACUGCCGUCGCUAUUUGGGCCACUAGAUUGGGUUCUUACCUCUUUCAACGUGUGAUCGCCGACGGUCAUGAUUCUAGGUUUGACGAGAUCAAGAAGUCCCCACCAAAGUUCUUUGGGGCGUUCAUGAUUCAAGCCGUAUGGGUAUCGCUCUGUAUCAUGCCGGUUCUAGCGCUCAAUUCUAUCCCACGUACCGCUCUUGCAGCUUUGCCUCUGCUGGGAAUCACUGAUAUUGUCGGCCUUGCACUUUUCGCUGGUGGUCUCAGCUUCGAAGUCACUGCUGAUAGGCAGAAGAACGCUUGGGUUCAAGCAAAGAAGAACAAGGAACACGAUGAGGACUUCUUAACACAUGGCCUGUGGAGUAAGAGCAGGCAUCCAAACUACUUUGGAGAGAGCACUCUUUGGACUGGAAUCGCGACGACUGCUGCAGGUGUGCUCAUGAGCAACGUAGGCCAAGUUGGAAUGGGACUCGCGGGAACAAGUUAUGGAAAGUUUCUGGGAUUCGCUUUGUGCGCUGUCAGCCCUGCGUUUGUUACUUUCCUACUUUUCAAAGUAUCAGGCAUCCCACUAAGUGAGAACAAAUACGACAAACGCUAUGGAGAUCGCAAGGAUUACCAAAAGUGGAAGAAGGAAACUCCAAUGUUCUUCCCUAAGUUCUGA